AUGGCGCCUUCAGCGGUGGCAGCUCGAACACCUGCCCUCCUCCGACACGGUCGUCGAGGGAUCCCAAUUACUGCCACACAGUCCAUCAGGGCUUUCACAGCUGCAACGCCCAGCACCUCUGCCAGGUUACAGGCCCAAGCCCAACAGCUUGUUCAGAAGCGUAACUUCUUGACCAGCGCCCGUUGUCUGGCAGCGGUGUCCAGCCAGUCUGCGCCAAACCCGCAGGCGUACCUUGAGAGCGGUGUGGUCAAGCCCAAGGAGACUGUCGAUGUAAAGAAGGUCCUGGUCAUUGGAUCCGGUGGUCUUGCCAUUGGACAAGCUGGAGAGUUCGACUAUUCAGGAUCUCAAGCAUUGAAGGCCCUGAAGGAGGCCGGCGUCUCUUCUGUUCUGAUCAACCCCAACAUUGCGACCAUUCAAACGAAUCACUUUAUUGCUGAUGAGAUCUAUUACCUGCCGGUUACUCCUGAAUAUGUCACGUACGUUAUCGAGCGCGAGAGACCCGAUGGCAUUUUCCUCUCUUUCGGUGGGCAAACGGCCCUGAACUUGGGUGUUCAAAUGCAGAAAAUGGGUAUCUUUGAGAAAUAUGGCGUCAAGGUUCUCGGAACCAGUGUCCGAACCCUCGAGCUCUCCGAGGACCGUGAUCUCUUCGCCAGGGCUUUGGACGAGAUCAACAUCCCCAUCGCGAAAUCGAUCGCCGUCAACACGAUCGAGGAAGCACUGGACGCCGCUAAUCAAAUUGGGUACCCGAUUAUCGUCAGAGCUGCGUACGCCCUGGGAGGUCUCGGAUCCGGUUUCGCCAACAACGAGGAGGAGCUCCGCAACAUGGCUGCUCGCUCAUUGACGCUGUCCCCGCAAAUUCUGGUCGAGAAGUCUCUCAAGGGCUGGAAAGAGGUCGAAUACGAGGUCGUGCGAGACGCAAACAACAACUGCAUUACUGUAUGCAACAUGGAGAACUUCGACCCCUUGGGCAUUCACACAGGCGACAGUAUUGUCGUUGCGCCCAGUCAGACACUAAGCGACGAGGAAUAUCACAUGCUCCGUUCGGCAGCCAUCAAGAUUGUUCGCCACCUGGGUGUCGUUGGCGAGUGCAACGUCCAAUACGCACUGCAACCAGAUGGCCUGGACUACCGAGUAAUUGAGGUGAACGCUCGUCUCUCUCGGUCGUCUGCUCUUGCAUCCAAGGCCACUGGUUAUCCUCUUGCCUACACGGCUGCCAAGAUCGGUCUUGGACACAGCUUGCCUGAGCUUCCCAACGCCGUGACCAAGACAACCACCGCGAACUUUGAGCCUUCCCUCGACUACAUUGUCACCAAGAUCCCUCGGUGGGAUCUUGCCAAGUUCCAACAUGUGAAGCGCGAUAUCGGGAGCUCGAUGAAGUCUGUUGGAGAGGUCAUGGCUAUCGGCCGAACCUUUGAGGAGUCUUUCCAGAAGGCAAUCCGUCAGGUCGACCCCAAGUUCGUUGGUUUCCAGGGUGACAAGUUCGAGGACCUGGACUUUGAGCUCCAGAACCCCACGGACCGCCGAUGGCUCGCUGUCGGUCAAGCCAUGCUCCACGAGAACUACUCCGUUGAUAAGGUGCACAGUCUUACGAAGAUCGACAAGUGGUUUCUGCACAAGCUGCAGAACAUCGUCGACAUGACCAAGGAGCUUCAGGCGAUCGGUAGCCUUGACGGUCUGAAGAAGGAUCUUGUGCAAAAGGCCAAGAAAUUGGGUUUCUCGGACAGGCAAAUCGCGAACGCUGUCAACAGCACUGAGGACAAGGUGCGGAGUCUUCGUCUGGAGUACGGCAUCAGGCCGUGGGUCAAGAAGAUCGACACUCUCGCAGCUGAGUUCCCUGCGGACACAAACUACCUCUACACCACUUACAACGCCUCGAGCCACGAUGUCACAUUUGAAGACAAGGGCACUAUUAUUCUGGGCAGUGGAGUGUACCGUAUCGGUAGCUCUGUGGAGUUCGAUUGGUGUGCUGUGAGCUGCACGAAGGCGCUCCGCGACCUGGGACAUAAGACUGUGAUGAUCAAUGUAAGUUUGCUCUUUUCUUCUUUUCAAUUUUUGGACACGAUCAACGUCCGCGCUUUCCGCCACGACCAACCGCCAGCUGCCAAAUCGGUGGCACCUUCUGCCAAAUUAGACGAUUUCUGUCAGUUUUCGAGGCCACCUUCCGUCAACCAUGGACCGCAACUGCCAGAUGGCGCCUUUGGGCCCUCACUUGAUGUCUGA